GUCCCGACUGGUGUGCCGAAUGUGGAGGAAGUCUCUUCAACUCCCUGCUUCUAGAGCUCUCUUUGCUCAAAGAAGACGUCAUGUAUGUCGUAUGCUUGGCGUGCCGUUUUCUAAAGGCCAAGGGAAGCAUGGAACAGAGCAUGGUCCUACACUGUUAAGAAGUUCAAGGCUACUGGAACGUCUUCAAAAGAUUGGUACCACUCUCAUUGAUGAUGGUGAUGUAGUUCCUGACAGUACACUCUCAGCUCAAUCGACCGACAGUUUGGUUCAGCGUGAGAGAGUGGCAGUGAAAAAUACAAGAGAGGUGUCCAAUCUUUGUCAAAUGUUGGCCAAGCGUGUAGCAGGUAUUGCAGAACAAGGUGAUUUCUGUCUUACUAUUGGUGGAGAUCACAGCAUAUCUUGUGGCUCAAUUGCUGGACAGGCAGCUGUAAGAAAUAAUCUGGCUGUUGUGUGGGUUGAUGCUCAUCCAGAUAUCAACACAGCAGAAACCACCCCAUCAGGAAAUCUCCACGGAAUGGUUGCUUCUCUUCUUUUACAGCAUAUAAGUCCUGUUAGGACAAGAGACUUUGAGUGGUGCUAUCCAGUCAUUUCACCUGACAAAAUCGUUUACAUUGGUUUGAGGGAAGUGGAUCCUGCUGAGAGACAAAUAAUUGAACUGUUGAAAAUCAAGACAUUCACUAUGGCUCAUAUUGAUCGGUUGGGUAUCGCAAGGGUAAUGGAAGAAGCACUGGACCACAUUGAUCCAAAAGGUGAUAGCAACUUCCACAUGAGCUACGACGUCGAUUGUCUCGACCCAUACUAUGUACCAAGCACAGGAACUGCAGUUGAUGGUGGUCUGAGCCUUCGUGAAGGGCUCUAUGUGUGUGAGUCUGUCAGCCAGACUAAUCGGUUGGUCAGUAUGGACCUAGUUGAAAUCAACCCAACCAUUGGCACUGUCGAAGACGUAUCGAGAACAGUAGAGACGGCAAUGCAGGUGAUCUGUUCCACUCUGACUGGUGACAGAACGGCGAUCUAUGCAAGAUUUGGUGAUCUACCAGUAAAUGUUGAACAGGACUCUGCUACUGCGUCACUGGGCUAAUACAUAGCUACAGUAGGUAGCAUUCCAGAGGCAAUAGUUUACACUACAUAGUUAAUGACGAAAAGCGGAUGCAAUUACCAAGAACACUGAAAAUCAAACUUUACAGAAUAGAGUAUUGUAUACACAAUACAGAAUGUAUACAAAUAUAUAAAAAUGGUGAGCAUUGUGCUGGUAUAUAA